AUGCUUGCCCAGUUAUCCAGCUCCGUUGUGUCGAGACUUCUCAGUACACUCCUCGUCGAAGAAGCGAUUUAUCCGGCGAGAAAUUCCGGCACUGCUCCGUGCCGGAAAGUUUGUGAAGUAGAUGAUGUUGAUGAUGAUGGGUUCACUGAGUUCUUUGACGCUUUUGAUGAAGAGAGCCCAGAGCCUAAGUUUGUGUUCAAAUUUGAGUACCAAACUAGUGAGAUAUUAAAAACACUUGAGAAAUAUGAUCAAGUUGGUCACUAUGUAGCUUUGCAAGCCCAAAGUAAUAGUACUAGGCAAAAUGGGUCUGCUGAGAAAUCAAAUUGUGAGUGUGUAGAGGCAGCUAAUGUUGAUGAAAUGAAGAUUUCAUUAGAUUCUGAUGAAGCAAAAUGUGGGUCCAUUGAGGGUUUGGACCGGGUUGUUGGAGAAGGAGAUGUUCAUGUGGAGAAAGGUGGUGAGGGUUUUGGAGAUGGUGCAUUUGAGGAAGAGGGGGUUGAGAAGAAAAUAGUGAUUGAAGAAGUGGUAGAUGUUAGUAAUGAAGUAAAUGUUGGUUCCAUUGUGAAUGAAGUGAGUAAUGUUACUGAGGAAGUGUCACAUUCGGAUGAGAUGAGUGGUGAUGAGACAGUGGCUACUAGUGAUGAAGAUGAGUUGGUUUCCGAGGAGGAGUUUGUUGGUUCGGAGUUUAGUUCUGGUUCGAUAUGUUCAAGCCAUGAUGAUGAUGAUGAUGAUGAUGAUGAUGAAGAACUAGUUUCUUUGGAAGAGAUUGGAUUGAACAAGCCUGAUGGUUUUGAUGAAGAGGAUAGUGAUAUAUUGGAACAGUAUAGAGAACUAGAAGAGUUGUGUAGGGCUGAGGAGCAAAACUCGACAAGGUCCAAACUCCAAGGAGAGGAAAAGCUAGUGCAUGAUCAUAAUGGUUCCGACGAUUCAGACACAAUGGAGGUUUUGUGGGAACAUCAAGAGUUGAUAGAUCAAUCGAAAGUGGAGCUCAAGAGAGUCAGAGCAACUGGUCUGCCUACAAUUUUUGAAGAAUCCGAGUAUGUCAAUAUGGAUGACUUGAAGCCACUCAAGAUUCAUGAGAAAUACCAACAUGCUGUACCUCCGAGCGAACAGUAUAGGGCUCUAAUGCGCGAGUUUGAUAAAAAGAUAACUGUAAUAGGUGUUCUGCAGUCCAAGGGAUCUUUGAAAUUGCUUUUGAGCCACAAAUCUUCAACUCCGGCCAUCAAAUCCUUUCUUUCCAACUUGAGGCUUUGUAGACCCAAAAUAGAUUGUGAUCCAAUUGUUAAGAUCAUUAAGGAAGUGCAGAGUCAAUUGGAAAUGGUCUAUGUUGGGCAGUUGUGCCUUUCUUGGGAGUUCCUAGAAUGGCAAUAUGAGAAGGCCUUGGAGCUACUGAAAUCGGCCCCUGAUCGAAUACAUUCAUACAACGAAGUUGCAGAAGAAUUUCAACAGUUUCAAGUGCUCCUACAACGAUUUAUUGAGGAUGAACAAUUUCAAGGGUCAAGGGUCGAAAACUAUGUUAAAAGUCGAUCUGCUAUGCAUAAGUUUCUGCAAGUUCCGGAAAUCAGAGAGGAUAAAUGCAAGGAAGGAAAGAAAGGCAGUGAAAUUACCACUGACAUUGUCGAGAUGUUGAGAGAAUCAGUAAGGACCAUGUGGCGAUUCAUCCGAGCUGAUAAAAAUGCAAACAUAACUACUGCUUGUCGAAAAAGAUCACUGGAUGAUUGCUUGGAUCCAAAUCUUUUUGUAGAAGUUCAAGCAGAUCUUGGGGAGAAACAAAGGAUGCUUAAGGAGCUAAAGAGGAGUCAGAACCCGAUCCUGAAGAGAUUCCAAAAGCAUGAAGAAGAAAAAGAAGAGGAAGAGAGCGCAGAUGAUGGGCACCUUAACUUCUUUUCUGAAGUGAACAUCAGAUUAGUAUCCAGGGUUUUGAACAUGUCAACUAUAAAACAGCAUCAACUAGAGUGGUGUCAAAGAAAGUUAAGCAAGAUACACUGUGUGAAGCGCAAGGUUCAUAUGUAG